AUGUUAAAAGUAAUGAAAGAGGAGGCCGCAACUAAUACUACAAUAUCUUCUACUCCCACUGCUGCAGAAAAAAUGUAUCAUUACGCUGAAGGCGAAACAAUCGAUUGCGCCAUAUGUAUUGAACAAGUUGAGUCAAAGCAUGCUCAAGUUAGAUUAUCUUUAGAAAAAAUAGUUAAACAACCAAGAAGCUGGGAAUUUCCUAUAAAUGGUCAUCCUAAUUCGCAAAAUAUAAACGACUCUGCUGAAAUGCCUCAUCCUGGUGAAUUAGAUUUCGCCAAUUUUCAACGCGGUGUUUUACAAGUCGUAAAUUCCAUUUUUCGAGGCAGACUUAACCUAGGACAUCCUUUCCGCAAUGAUAACGAUCCAGAAGAUGAUUUUUUUGAAACUGACAAUGAUGAUAAUUCAACUCAUGGCCAAGAUGAAAUCAAUCAAAGAAAUAAUGUCAAUUUACUUGAAAUUACAGACAAUGAAGAUGAUGAUAAUUCUUCGGAUGAAGAUGGUGACUUCGACACAAAUGAUUCAAUGAAUCAUUAUCGAACAUUCACUACUUCAUAUUAUAAUAGUAGUUCUGAAAAUUUACCUUCACAAAUUAGGAGAAACGGUCAUAACGAGGAUAAUUUAUCGAGGUCAUUAUCAUCAACUUUGAAUCUUAAUGAUCAUAGUAAUACCGCUAGUUCACAUUCUAGAUUAAAUUCAACAAGAUCUCACUCCCGUACAAGGUCACGUUUUUUUCGAGAAUCUGUUAGGAAUGGAUUUACAGGCUUAAUUAGAAACAGGUUGAAUGCAGAUCAAGAAAGAAGGGGUCACUUGAGAGAUGUUCGUGAUUUCAGAGAUCUUAGUCCUAAUUUUUCAUCAAGAAGACGUGAAGGCAACAGACAAUCAACUAUUUCAUCAAGAUAUCGAAAUAAUGAUUCUUCUAGACGCAAUAUAAUAUCUUCAGAAAUUUCAAAAAAUUCUGCUGCAGAAGAUGAAGAUGAAAUGAUGUUUGAGAGUACAUUCAACUGGGGUUUUAAUGAUAUGGAAACUUCAGAAGAUGAUUCAGAAAACGAGCAAACAUUCAGAUGUUUUUCAUAUCAUACAUUGAAACAAAUGAUAACCAACAACAUUGGUUUAGACCAUGGUCUUGUACCAAUAAUUUAUAAAGAUCCUUUGUUGAAGCCACGACCUACACAAUGGAAAACUUCAUCAACCUAA